GUGUGAAUUGGAUCAUCAAAGCGGAUAGGUAUAGAAAUAUUAAGUUUUGUUGUCUUCAAUCUAAAGCCGCAGAGCCGUAUCUAACAGUGAGUGGAGUCACUAAGGAGGAUAUUGAGAAGCGAUUUGUCUUUGUUGACGGUCUUGGCUCCUACCAUCAAGCAUCAACAGCUGCACUUAGAAUGGUAUCAUACUUGUCUAUGCCUUACUCUGCAUUGAACGCUUUCUCCAUUGUUCCAACUCCGCUGAGAGACUAA